AUGCCCCAAGCACCUCGCAAGGCGGAUGCGCAGGCUCAGCGUGCUCAGGAUAAGGAGUCGAAGCGAGCUAGAGGUGCCCUCUCUUGUGCUGAAUGUCGACGGCUGAAGCUGAAAUGCGACAAGACUGUCCCAUGCUCGAGUUGCAAACGCAGAGGCUGCUCCGCCAUUUGUCCAAAUGGAAGUCUGAUAACCGGUCAAGGAACUCGCUUUGUCCUUGCAGACACCGAGAAGCUGCAUCAGAAAAUAGCGCAUAUGUCAGACCGAAUCCGCCAGCUUGAGGACGCGCUUGCUAUUCUGAGUCCCGGAGAGACCCAUCCCCUCCUGCAGAGCGAUUUGCUCAAAAUCAAAUCUUCUAUUGAGCUACAUUCCGCCGCCAACGAAGAGUCCCGGGAGCAAGGUGAAGGAGAGGACGAGGAGAGAGAAGAACAAUACAUUGACGCGUUCGGCACUUUGGCCAUUCGGGACGACGGUGCAGCCACUUUCUACGGCAGGUCCGCAGGCUCAGAAUCCCUCCUCAUUGGCGAGGACACUUCCCCUGGAUCUACGUAUUCUUCAAUUUCAACACCUCCGAGAGAUGAACCGUCUCCCCCUCAACGGUACAGCUCCUCUUACAGUGAUCUCCAGUCUCUACCUCCAGCGGUGGCGACUCUUGCAUCAGCAUUUCCUCUUGCACCAGCACUCCCGCAACCUACGUCCACAUCUUCACCCGUAAUUGCUCCUCACCAGCCCGUUACACUUCAAAUGCUCAUCACACAUUAUCUUCCGCCAUAUGGCGAAGCGACGCGUCUAGUGCAGCUUUAUCUCGAGCAGGCACCGUGGUUCUUCGGUGCCGUGACAGGUAGACAGCUGGAAUCAGAAAUAAUGCCUCUCUGGUACGAAGAAGCCGUCAAUGCAUCGUCCACAACACCUCCCGCCGGUGGACUGGCAUCCUCAUCCUCUAGCAACCAAGAUGGUGCGAAAGGUGCAAGACGAAUAGGAACAUCGCACGAUCUUGCCUUGCUCUUCGUUGUCUUCUGCUUUGGAGCUUUGACGGACACAAAUCUCCCGGCAGCACCAGACAAUGCCCCUGCUGAGAGGUUCUAUCAGCUUACCAAGGCGUCUCUGACGCUGGAUCCUGGAGCGGGUAUUGAUAUCAAAUCAUCCCGCAAUGGAAUACUUGAGCGACCACCUUCAGUGGCAACUGUCCAGACGCUCAGCCUGAUGGCCAUAUAUGAAGGCUUAUGCAGCGGCGAGAACAGUAUUGAGAGUACCUGGGCGUUAAUGGGUCUCGCUUGCAAAUUGUCGCAAAGUAUUGGCUUGCAUCGCGACUGUGCACGUUGGAAAUUGACGCCUGCGGAGGUGCAAAAGCGAAGGGCCUUGUUUUGGGAACUGUUCAUUACCGACUGCUGGCAGAGCCUCGCAACUGGCCGACUUGCCACUUUUUCUUUGCCCUUCGUUGACUGCGAAUUACCGUUCGACCCUGACCAAACGAUGGCUGACGACGGAACUGUUCAACCAAGCUUUCCCUUCUGGAAGGCUCGUUUCGGCGCCGAGUGUGUGGCGGCCGUCGUUCAAGGUACCUUAACCUCGCGUGCACCGAAAUACUCCAUCAUCCUCGAUCUCGACCGGAAAGUUCGCGAUAUGGAGCUUCCUGGCUAUGCCCAGGGGCCGGUGCCUCAGGGCCUUGGAUUGGCUCAGACUAUGUCUCACUUCAUGCCUAUCAACUACCGAGAACUUACGCUGCUCUACAUCCAUCGUUGUUUCUUCGCUCAUGCUAUCUCGAGUAAUCCUCUCGACCCUAUCAAGAGCCCAUACGCUCCUUCAUUCCUUGCUGGAUACCGGAGCGCCUGUACGAUCCUCGGUUCUGUGAAACAACAAUUCACACUUUUCCCCGCUCAAAUCGCCAGAUUCUGGGUGCUUUGGACUCAUGCGUUCUCUGCCUCAGUGAUGCUGGCUUCGGUCGCGACACACAGCUCACGCUCGAAGAUGGCACCUGCUGCGUUGCUGGAGAUCAAGAAUGCAUGUGAUCUGUUCGAAGAGGCUGCGCGCUAUGGGGGACGGGCGGUUAAAUUCCUGCCUAUUCUGAAGCGCUUGCAAGCGAAGGCUCAGAACGCCUACCGCGAAGCUAACAGUGGAGCAGCUCCCAACAUUCCAAACGACAUCUUUAAGCCUUCGCAGCCUGAUGAGGCGAAGGACGAAUUGUCGAUUUUCAGUGGCAAGACUCAUACCGUCAGCACCAAAUCGGCUGCAACUUCGAGUGCUCAGGGUUCAUCUAUGAGUUCUCGAGCAGCAAGUGACUCGCCUCAGCAGGCCUUCACGGAUAAUCCAUCAUUUGCCAACGUUCAUCCCAGUCUCAUAACUGAGUUGAACAUGUUCGAUGGUCGUAUCAAAGCGCAAAUUCAGAAUGCUUACCGGACUGGCGGAGAAGUCUUCGGUGGUGGGCCGAUGACGGUUGACCCGAUAUCAAGAAUACCUCCAGGACAACAACAAAGGCUCCCACAGCCUCCGCAGAUGAUACGGAUCCAGCAACAGCACCAACAGCACCAGCAAGCAAUGUAUCAGGCCCAGCAAGCGCAGUACCAGCAACAACUCGAGCGGGAGAGGUUGGACAGGGAGAGAGAGGAAGCAGAGCGCCAGGAGCUCGAGAGGCAGGAGCUAGCGAGGCAACAACAAUUACAACAGCAACAGGAGAUUCAACGUCAGCACGAAAUUCAGCGUCAGCAGCUGGCGCAACAGGAGGAGAUUCAGCGACAGCAAAGGGCUCAACAAGAACUGCUCCAGCAACAGCACCAACAACGGCAGUUGGAGGUGCAGCAGCAGCACGCCCAAGAGCAACAGAGGCAAGAGCAGUAUCGUCAGCAGUUGGAGAUUCAACAACAACAGUUACAGCAGCAGCAACAGCUUCAGUACCAGCAACAGACCCACGAAGCUCAGCCUCCGCAGUCUGCUUAUGCUUUGACUACCAGCUCGCACAGCAUGCCGCCACCUCCCGUACAUCACCGAAGGCAGUCAUCUAUUCCCCAGUCCCAGACCGUCGCUCAGCAGAGCUACCCACAAACCUAUCAACAAGCUCAGCAAUAUCAACCACCUUAUCAAUACCAAGCUGCGACCUCUCAACCUCAACAGUCCGCUCAUAUGCCUCAGUCUGCGAUCACACCACAACACACUGGCGUUUCACAAGUCACACAUACCGUGAACCUCCAAUUGCAUUACCAACACUCCGCGCCGUCAGCCCCUCCACCGCCACCACACGCUCACAUCCUACAGCACACAACCACACCGCAACAUACUGGCGGAACUCAAGUCCCUUCGCACAGUGUUGUUCCUCAACAGCAUUCGAUGUAUACUACGUCAUCCGAUUACGCUCAACAAACAAAUCAGGAGUCCUCCAGAAACUAUAAAGCUAUCACAUCUCCAGGUACUAUGGUCACCUCUGCCGCCUAUAGACAACCACCCGAUCCAUCUACCUCAUCGUCAUACGUAUCAGAUACGUACAAGUACUGGCCUGCGGCUUCUGGCGCAUUCGCGAUGCCUGAUCAGCAGGCGUCGAGCAGUUACGCCGCUCCAGCUCCGCAAUACUACCAACAUUAUACACCGGAAGGCGCGCUUCGUGGCAUUGCUGCUGAUGAUCGCAGCCUACAGGAGACGUGGCAGUCCUACAUGAACAAAGUUGGCUCCCCUCGUCAAUUCCUUGACGACUGA